CCCGGAUGUACUUAGUAGCGUAGCCGGUUAGCAGCCGAUGUACGCAUGCAAACGUACCGACGGCAGACGGUAACAACCUGGAGGCUGAUUCCCUGCGCAGAGCAUCACAUGUGGACGCCCUGGUCCCGUCGAAUGUGACCUCUCCAGCGACACCAUGUCCAGUCACGCGGGAGCAGCGUCCUCCCUGCGCUUCGGCCAGGUGGUCAUCGGACCUCCGGGCUCAGGAAAAACCACCUACUGUCGGGCCAUGCAGGAGUUCCUGACUCAGCUCGGACGCAAGGUGGUCAUUGUGAACAUGGACCCCGCCAACGAAGGACUUCCGUAUUCCUGCGCGGUGGACAUCGCGGAGCUGGUGGCUCUGGAUGACGUCAUGGAGGGCUUGAAGCUUGGACCCAACGGCGGGCUCAUCUACUCCAUGGAGUACGUUGAAGUCAACAUGGACUGGUUGGAGAAGAAGCUGAAGGAGCACGGUGACUGUUACUUCUUGUUUGACUGCCCUGGACAAGUGGAGCUCUACACCCACCAUACUUCAGUCAAAAAUAUAUUCGCACAGCUGUCCAAGUGCAAUUUCAGGCUGGCGGCUGUGCACCUGGUGGACUCUCACUUCUGCGCAGACCCAGCCAAGUUCAUCUCUGUGCUUUGCACCUCUCUGUCCACCAUGCUGCACAUGGAGCUCCCCCAUGUCAACAUCCUCUCCAAGAUAGACUUGAUUGAGCAGUAUGGCAAACUGGCGUUCAACCUCGACUUCUACACAGAGGUCAUGGACCUGACCUAUCUUCUCGAUCACCUCACUGCAGACCCCUUCUUUAAAAAGUUCCACCGUCUAAAUGAAAAGUUGGCAGAGGUCAUACAAGAUUACAGCCUCGUCUCCUUUGUGCCUCUCAGUGUAAAGGACAAGGAGAGCAUGAUUCAGGUCUUACGAGCAGUCGACAAUGCCAAUGGCCACUGCUUUGGAGACCUGGAGGAGAGGAAUCUGCAGGCCAUGAUGUCAGCUGCAGUGGGGGCCGACUUCCAGUUCGACUCUACACUUGGCGUGCAAGAGCGACAUGUUGAAACCAGUGGAAAGACUGUGGAGGAGGAAAUGAUGGAUCUGUAAAUAUAUAAGGACUAAACUGGAGGCCUUUUUAGCCCCAGUACACCAGGGGAGUCUUUGCAGCAUCCAUCUAACUUGGCCUGGAUUCUGAGCCUCUACAAAGGUGGCAGUUGGAGAGAUGGGAACUACAUGUGGGUGUUGUAGAUGCGUCAAGGUUGCACCACACCUCAUAAAAGUCACUGCAAGCAACACUGAGGGAAGUAAAUGCAAAGCUUCUCCAGUUAUCGCAGAUUUUCCGUUUUCAAUAAAUGCCCUUAUAUUUUUUUGAAGUCUAUCAUUUAGGUUUUAUUUUGUGAAAUGUUUUUAGUCUCUUGAACACACAAAUAUCCUUUUGAGUGUAUUCAUCAUGAAGAGGUCACAUAAAUAAGCACCGUUAUGUGUCUUCUCUGUUGGAAUGCAUUAACUGGAAAUAAAAGAUGAAUGUUGAUACUC